CCACAGCUCGAGCCAUGAAUAGUCAGUGCCAGGCAGUCAAGGGUCCGCGCAUCGGUGUGCGGCAUUUGCAGUCGCUGCUGCUGUUCCUGGGCCUCACAGUCAUACACAUUGCCCGCUUGAAUGUCAGCGUCGCCAUCGUGGCCAUGACCAAUGCCGCAUCCACAAAUCCCAAUUUUCCGGAAUACGAUUGGACGGAGCGCCACAAGUCGUAUAUUCUGUCCAGUUUUUAUUGGGGCUACAUUUUGACGCUGUGCCCGGGCAGCUUCCUCAGCCGUCGCUUUGGACCGAAGAUCGUGUUCUUUGUGGCCGCCAUUGGCACGGCCGUGUUUAGCCUGAUUACGCCGUGGUGCAUCUCCUGGGGCGACUGGCAGGCCUUCUGCGCCCUGCGCAUACUGCAGGGCCUCUUCCAGGGCGUCAUCUUUCCCUGUGUCAACGAGCAUCUGGCCAUGUGGUCGCCGCCAGAGGAGCGCAAUCGCCUGGGCGCCUUCAGCUUUACGGGCUCCGACUGCGGCACUGUGCUGGCCAUGUUCAUCAGCGGCAUGAUCGCCAAUGGCGCCCUCGGCUGGCCGGGCAUCUCCUACGUCUCGGGCAUAUUGUGCAUUGCCUGGUGCAUACUCUGGCUCAUCUUUGCCGCCAACAAUGCCACCGAGUCGCGCUUCAUCAGCGAGGCCGAGUGCAAGUAUAUCGAGUCCUCGCUGCAGCACAACGAGCACUUCCACGAGCGCAGCAUACCCAUACCAUGGCGUGCCAUUUGCUGUUCGGUGCCAUUUAUGGCCCUGCUCGUCGCCCGCUGCUCGGAGACGUACGGGCUGAGCACGCUGCAGGCGGAGAUUCCGUCGUACAUGAACGGUGUCCUCGACAUGGAUAUACAGAGCAAUGCGGUCUUCUCCUCGCUGCCCUUCCUGGCCAUGUGGCUGCUCAGCUAUGUCUAUCUGAUCGUGGCGGACAUUGUGCUCAAGCGCAAGUGGCUGUCGCUCACCUCGGUGCGCAAACUCUUCAAUACGCUCUCCUUCUGGAUACCGGCCGUGGCCCUGAUUGUGAUUGGCUUCCUGGACGAGGAUCAUGCCAAUUGGGCCAUUGCCCUGAUGACGCUCAGCGUGGGCGUGAACAGCGGCUCCACCAUUGGCAGCUCCCUGAACACCAUCGAUCUGUCGCCGAAUCACGCCGGCAUCCUGAUGGGCCUCAGCAAUACGGUGGCCAAUGUGAUACCCAUUCUAACGCCACUGAUCGCAGGCGUCAUUGUGGUGGAUAAGCACGAUCGUGGCCAAUGGCAAAUUGUUUUCGGCAUUGCGGCCAUCAUCUUCUUUCUGGGCAAUUGCGUGUUUCUGAUUUGGGGCACGGCUGAGGCGCAGCCCUGGGAUGCCGACGACUUUCUGAGGCCCAAAGAUGCCGAGACAUGCCCGGAGAAGUCGCCACCAGUUGCUGAAAUCGCGCCAGCCAAGCCAUCCGCGCUGGAGCCGCGCAUGAGCUGGCCGGAUCGCCAUGCGGCAAAGAGCAGCGAUUGAUUUAAGGCGGACAAAGAAUUAGUUGUAUUUAUCAGUAUUAACAAAUAAGCAGGAUGUAAUUUAUUUUAUUUAUAAGGCCGUAAAUGUGAGCUUAGGUAAAAUUAUA